GUAAAAAGAAAUUGCAAAGAAAGAGUGAUUCACCCACCCCCACGGCCCCACUGCGUCUAUAUAAAAGGAACUAUAAUGCAGCCAAUGAACAUAUAAUCCAAACCAUUCACAAAAUGGCAAAAAUCCAAAUGAUGUUGACUUGUUUAUCAUCAUUCCUAGCCCUAUCUUUCCUUUUCACAGGGGUUUCCUGCAAUCCUCAUAAAACGGUUUGCCGUCGAACGCCGCACCCCGAACAAUGUGAGUACUAUUUGAGAGAUUAUGCAUCUCAAAAUGAAACAAAUAUCUUCGAAGUUAGCAAGAAAGUGGCCCUUGAUCAUGCCAAGAAAGCUAAAGCCUACAUCGACUCUUUAGGCCCAAAAUGCAAGAACGGGCGUGAAAAGGCUGCAUGGGCAGAUUGCGUAGAGUUAUAUGAUGACAUGGUCGAGAGGAUCAGUAUAACCGCUGAUCCUCUCACCAAGUGCAGCGCAUCUGAUGAGCAAACCUGGCUCAGCGCCGCGUUGACCAACAUCGACACGUGUUUGAACGGGUUCAUAGAAUUCAACGUCAUAGACAACAUAUACCCCUUGUUGUCAAGCAACACAUCACAUUUGAUUUCCAACACAUUAGCCCUUAGCCAAUACAACUCUACUAAUGAAGAUGCCACCACAGAUAAAGAUGGCUUCCCCACUUGGGUUAAGCCCGGAGACCGGAAGCUAUUGCAGUCGCCAUCACCGGCCUCUGGAGCCAAAAUCGUGGUGGCCCAGGAUGGGAAAGCAAACUACAAGACCGUGGGUGAAGCCGUAGAAGCAGCGGGAAAGAGAACAGGAAGUGGGAGGGUUGUGAUAUAUGUGAAGGCCGGAACGUACAACGAAAAUGUGGAAAUCGUGAAGAAGUUGAAGUAUAUCACCAUAGUUGGUGACGGAAUUGGUAAAACAAUUAUUACAGGAAGCAAAAGUGUAGCAGGUGGCACCACCACCUUCAAAUCAGCUACUUUUGCUGCGGCGGGAGAAGGCUUUAUUGGCCGAGGAAUCACAUUCAGAAACACGGCCGGACCUGCAAACCACCAGGCGGUUGCGCUGAGGUCCGGCUCCGAUCAUUCGGUGUUCUACCAGUGCAGUUUCGAAGGCUAUCAGGACACUCUCUACGUUCAUUCUAACCGGCAGUUCUACCGGGACUGCAAUAUCUACGGGACAGUAGACUUCAUCUUCGGUAACGCCGCCGUAGUCAUCCAGAACUGCAACAUCUAUGCCCGUAACCCGCCUAACGGGAUCAACACCAUCACCGCUCAGGGCCGAAAGGACCCGAACCAGAACACCGGAAUAUCCAUCCACAACAGCAGAGUCGCGGCAGCUACUCGCCUGUCGGGAACCGCGAAGACAUACCUUGGACGGCCGUGGAAGCAAUACUCACGAACCGUCUUCAUGAAGACUUCCCUGGGUAGCUUGAUUGACCCGGCGGGGUGGUUUCCGUGGGACAGGGCGUUUGCUCUAAACACUCUCUACUACGGCGAGUAUGCCAAUACUGGGCCGGGGGCGCCGACGAACAGGAGAGUCCGGUGGGGCGGCUAUCACGUGAUCACUUCCCCAGCUGACGCUUCCAAGUUCACCGUCGGCAGCUUCCUCGGCGGUACGUCGUGGUUGCCCUCCGAUGUGCCGGUCACUCCUGGCCUGUGAAGAUCAGAGCAUUCGGGCAGAAUUUUUCGUGCACGACAUUCCAAAUGGAAACCGUAUAUUCAAUUCGUACCUCUCGAUAUAUUGUUUAUUUGUUGGUUGUAUUUAAUAUUGUCAAUUAACCAUUCUUGAACCAUGCCAAUGUUGUAUAUAACAAAAACGUGUAUACUAGUUACUUGUAUAGUAUUCCCAUCGAAUUGUGAGCUUUAUUUUUGUAUCAAUAUGUAAAUGUUUGAAACUUUCUAAAGAAUAAAUUCCAACGAGUAUAAUUACUUUUA